AUGUCUUCGAAACAAGUGAGUUACCUUAAAAAUUGCUUUAUUUUCCCAUUACAACACAAUUUUUCAGGGUUUGUCAGAAGCUUUGAAAAGCAUGAGCAUUCGAGAUGAUUCAACGCAUCCUUGGCAUAAAUAUUACAAAGUUGAUCCGCCUAAAAAGGAACCCAAAGGCUACAAACAACUCUUGUCGAAUUGUAGCUUGCACCAAGUUCAACAAUUCCGAAAUAUUUCGAAAAAAGUUUGGCUGACCGCAAAAAGAACAACGAAUCCAUCGAAAACCAAUAAAACAACAUUUCUAACAUCGGAUAGUUUUCCAUCAACACCAUUUGCAUAUUAUUCAGUUGCUUAUAAAACACCAACUUUCAUAAUUCUUACACCAGUUUUCAACGAAGUUGUAGCUGAUGAUAGAUUGGAUUUGCGAAUUGUAGCACUCAAUAAAAGUGCGUGUGACACUAUCAACCCAGGAAUUAUCGAUUUUGAUGAUCAUCCACAGCGAAAAAAAAUUAUUUUUUUGUACACAAAAAAUUCGUUGCGGAAAUUCAAAAAAAUAGGCGGAGUUUUCCACACGCAACCCCUGGCAGCGUCUUUCUGCAAUAUUAUUGCAUGUGCGCACGGUUUUUGUGUGUUCUCCCCUUUUGUUUUUUGUUUUUUUCCUUUGUGUGUGCAAACACUUUCUGUUUUGCGCACCGUACCACACGGAAACAGAAAAAAUAAUUUUUUUUCGCUGUGUCAUCCAAUCGGCGAUGUUUUAUGUGUCACCAAAUUACAACCAAAACAAACUCUCGCGAAUAAAAAAAUCGAUAAACUUGUGAUGGAUGAUGUGAAAUCGGUGAAUGGAAAACAAUUUUGGGAAGUCAGCGAAUUCUAUCCGAUGAAAAAUGAUAUCAUUGAGAAUGUUGUGACAACUCCAUAUUUUGAAAACGUUUCGGAGAAGUCCAAAGCUCCGAGAAAAUUGAUGUGUGUUGGAUCGAACAUGGGAAAUAUAUUUGAGAUCAGUGAAAGUGUCGCGCCAAAAGUGCAAGUGAAUGAUAUUCUAUUGACCUCGGUUUUCCUCCCAAUCAUCAAACCUGGUCAAUUUUUAUCAAGUUUGGAACCGGAACAUUGGCUGACAGUUGCAAAAAUGUCACCAAAGUUGAGGAAUAGUAAUUCAUAUCUUCCAGUUGUUGUCAAAUCAAAAAUUGCCUCAGAAAAUGUCAAAAGAGUUUUCGAAAAUUAUAAAGAGGCAUUCAAAGUUUAUCCGCGGGAAGCUGCUUAUAAUGCAUUGAGAAUUGUUGUUGAACAUGGUUCAAAUGGUUUGAGAUCUAUUAAAGAUUCAAAAAUCGAUCAACAUCAAUAUACAACAAAGAUUGAAAGUUACAAAAUGCUUGAUUCAUUUGUCAAUUUCACUUUCAAACUUAUUGGAGCUAGUGUCACACCACCAGCUGUUAAAUGGAAUCGAAGUGUAUCAAUCAAAAUUAUCAGCCCAAUUUGUGCACCUUUUUAUGCUGAAGUUUUGGGAGCACAAAAACAUGGAGUAGAUUUGAAAGUGAAAGCGAGAGCUCCUUCAAAUACCUUCACUGAAAAUAUUCUUCGAAGCUUGAAAAAUCAAGAAAUCUCAGUUCGUCAAAGAAGAGAAAUGAAAAAGAAUGAAAUUGAUUGGAAUGUUCAAAAAGGAUCGAAUGCUGACAAAUUCAUUCAAGCAAUCUAUGGUGGUCCCCCUUUGAAAAUACCAAAGCUCCCGAAUAUUCCACGCAUCAAAAUUGGUGGAUUAGAGCUUCUCGAGACACAGACUCGUUAUGCUCAAUUGAUCUCAAAUGAAAAUGUUGCAGCAAUUAUUGGUUCGAGUUCUUUUGGUUGCGGAAAAACUGCAGCAAUCGCAUCGGCUGCAUUAUACGCGUUGAAAAAUGAUGAAAAAUCGAAGAAUUGGCAAAUGUUGACAGCUGUGACAAACAGUGCUGUGGUUGCUUUGGUUGAGAAAUUGGUUCAACUUGAUUCGAAUGUUCAAAUUGUUCGAAUUAUUACUCCAGCAAAUAUGGAACAAGUUCCAUCAACUUCUUUGACUCAAUUCGAUUAUCCUACUGUUUUAUGUGAAUUAUUGAAGGAACAACUUAUUAAAGAAGAUGUGAAUUCAAUGAAUUAUGAUUAUGAAAUUCCAGAAGAUCUUGUCAAGCAAAUGCUAGCUUAUCUCAAGAAAAAUGCAAAAUCAACAAGUUUUUUGAAAUCUGAACGAUUGCAAAGAUUGGUCAAAAACGCGAAACAUCAUAAUGAAAGUGAUCUUCUCAAUUAUUUCAUGGAUUUCAAAAAACCAACAAUAAUCGUUGGAACAAUUCAAACAAUUCUCAACUCAUUUAACAUGUCGUGGAGACCAUUUAUCGGAGCAAUUUCAAAUAUUCAAAUUGAUGAAGCAUCAACAGUUCCAAGAGAAACACUUUUGCAAUUGGUCACACUUUUUCCGAAUUCGAGAUAUUCUUUGGUUGGAGAUUAUCGACAACUUUCGCCAUAUUUUGAACAAGAUGCUUCGAAACUUCUGAUUGAUACUGCAAUUGGAGAAACACUUCGUGAUUGUGUUGAGGAAGAUUUGUUGCCAUCUGUGUUUUUCAAUGGAGUUUUCAGGUUAGUUUUUUACCAACAAAUGUUUUUCGCAAGCUAAAAAAAAUAAAAAAAAUGUUUUCAGAUGCCCACCUGAAAUCACUGAACAACUUGGAAAACUAUUCUACAAUGAUUCGUUGAAAAGUUUUUAUCGAAAUUGUGAAACUGUAAAAGAGCUCGAAAAAUGUUCCGCUUGGCGCUUGAAUUGCUCAAAUAAAUUCUCAACAAUAUUCAUUGAUACAAUCGGAUCAAGACAAAGAUAUCGAGGAAAAUCAUUGAGAAAUUAUCAAGAAGCUGAAAUUGCACAGAAUUUAGCUGAACAUUUAUCGCAAUUCAUUUCAAGAGAAAAAAUCGCGAUUCUUUGUUUCUAUCGCGCACAAAUGUUGGAAUUACAAGAUUGGAGUGAAAAUCGCGGAAUUCAUGUGGGAUGUGUUGAUUCUGGACAAGGAAAAGAGUGGCCGGUUUGUAUUGUUUUGACAACGAAAACUGCAAAAGUUCAAGAUAAUCAAUUCAUUUCGAAUGCACGGCGUAUUAAUGUGGCACUUUCGAGAAGUAGACAUUUGAAUUUUAUACUUGGAAAUAAGAAGAGUUUGAGUGGUUCGGAUUUGUGGGCGAGUAUUAUUGGAACUUGCAAGAAAUCCAACACUUUGGUUGCUUCCAAUGUUUUUAAUGAGAUUAUUAAUUCAGGUUGGUGAUUUUUUGGAAAAAUUGGGUUUUUCUCGAGAAAAACUAUGAUUUUUUUAACCAAAAAUUAGAUCAUCCAGGUUACUGUAGAAAAAUAUUUUUCAAGGCUGAAAUUUUGAAAAUUCUGCAUUUUCUUGAAAAAAUUUCAUCAUAAAAUUUGGUUUCACAAAGGUGUUUUCAAAAUUUUGAACCAGAACUUUUUUCUGAAACCUCAAAAUCUUAAUUUUCAGACACAAAUUCUGCGGAAGAUCUUCAAGAUUAUGAUGAUAAUUUCGAAGAAGAAGAAGUAGAUGAUGAUUUCGAAAUUAUUGAGCAUGAAUAG